AUGGUUGAUCCCAAGAAGAUCAAGGUUGUUAGAUAUUGGGCGAGGCCAACUUCAGUUACUGAUAUUCGUAGUUUCGUAGGCCUUGCAAGUUAUUAUCGUCGAUUUGUGAAAGGGGUUUCAUUGAUUGCUUCGCAUUCGACUCGGUUGACUCAGAAAAAUGUUCCUUUCCGCUGGUCCGACGAGUGUGAAGAGAUCUUCCAAAAGCUCAAGGCUUUGUUGACUUUGGCCCUGAUUUGUGCACUACCCGUGGAGGCUCAGAGUAGGCACAAGGAGUAUGCGGACCAGAAGGUUCGUGGUUUAGAGUUUAUGGUUGGCGAGCAGGCUCUGUUGAAGGUUUCACCCAUGAUGGGUGUGAUGCAAUUUGGGAAGAAGGACAAUUUGAGUCCGAGGUUUAUUGGCCCUUUCGAGAUUCUCCGUCAUGUUGGAGAGGUGGCUUACGAUUUAGCUUUUCCACCAGGCCUGUCGAGUGUUCAUCCGAGUUUGCUACAGGAUCCACGUCAGGCCCUUGUGAGUGAUUCCCUGAGGCUUCUAGUACGAGUUUACAGGCUGAGUUAUGUUCCAGAUCCGCAGCCUGAAAACUCUUCUUUAAGAUAUCCGUCCAUUGUUCCGAGUGGCUCUUGUGCUGUACUUACACUAGAUUUUGGGGCAUUUGUAUUGGCAUUCCACACUUAG